AUGUUGAAAGGAAACGAGAUAAGGAAAAGUUCUUUGAACCGUCUUCAAUCACCUACCAUCAUUAGACGAAUUCACAAGCGUAGAAAAUUUGAUGCCGGUUCAUUGUGCAAGAGUAUUCGAAUCUACAUUUUUCUUAUAUGGAGAGUUCUCUUCGAGCAAAAUGAAGUGAAAAGAGAACCAGAGUUAAAUCAUCCUCACUGCCGAUGUCAAAGCCAUGAAACCCUGGAUAUGAUAGCUUGUUCAGAACGAAACAAGACCAAGAGAUGUAGAAGGCAAGAAGGAGAAGAAAAAAAGAACAUAAUUCUUCAUUAUGACGCAAUUUCCGCCAUAAAUAUCUAA